AUGGCCGGGGAGAAGAUCGAAACUGAGGAAAAGCCGGCGGAAACCGUCGUCGCCGAUACCGUCGAAGAUGCCGACGCCGAUGAGGACAUGCCGGACCUUGCCGCAGCUCCUGAAAUCGACCCCGCCUCCGUAGCGUCUGCCGCCGCGAUGGCUGCUCAAGGCGAAGAAGAAGGCGAAGUCAAGCAUUCGCGAGCGGAAAAGAAAAGCCGGAAAGCUCUGCAAAAGCUCGGCCUCAAGACCGUCUCCGGCGUCACCCGUGUCACGGUGAAGAAGAACAAAAACUACCUCUUCGUCAUUUCGAAGCCGGAAGUGUACAAGUCCCCGCAAUCAGACACCUACAUAAUCUUUGGAGAAGCCAAGAUUGAGGAUCUCUCCGCCGUCGCCCAAAACCGCGCCGCCGAGCAGUUUAAGAUGCCAGACAUGGGUGCCGUGGGUAUGCCUGCAGGGACCGCUGAUGCAGUUGUAACUGAGGAAGAGGAAGAGGAUGAGGAUCUUGACGAGACCGGCGUUGAAACGAAGGACAUCGAGCUGGUCAUGUCACAAGCAGAUGUGUCCAGAGCAAAGGCUGUUCGCGCUCUGAAGAAGAGCAACCAAGAUGUCGUCGAUGCCAUCAUGGGUCUUACCAUGAGCUAGUUUCAUUUUUAAACAUGGUUCUGAUACUAAACUUGACCUGCUCCCCGACCGAAAGCCGUGUAGGCUGUGAAAUUGCGAACCACGACCUACUGCAAGAUCUCAGCGCGAUCAUGAAUCGCCCGAGCCCCAGAUUCUGUGACUCUGUCCCGGUUUCACAUUUGGAACAAUCCUAAGUAUCCGCAGUAAAUGAAAAAUGGAUUGCUUAUAAAAGCUGGAUGCCUUAU